UGAAUCGCAUGAAAGUAUGGCGCCUAUGGUGCAUAUCCCUGUGUCGUGCGUCGUGCUUUGUAAUUAGUUAGUUUUUUCCGUUAUUUUCAUCAAACGCAUCUAUUUAUUAAUCAUGGAUGUUUUUUGGACAACACUUUAAUUGGAAUUUAGUCUUAAAAUUAAUCACAAACCAUAUCGGAAUCAGACAGCCAUCAAAAGGAUAGCUAGCUACGCUAGCUAGGAGAUCUCGCUAGUUUAUUUAUCCACAGUCUGCAAGCAAGCACAUCAGCAAAAGUCCAAGAUGGACCCAGACGACGGCGAAGAGCCAGUGCCGAGAUCUGCCACGGGAGAUGCAGACACAGCUAUGAUGGACAUGACAACAAGUGAAAAGGUUGUUGAUCUUCUGAACCAGGCUGCGCUGAGAAAUACAGAAAAUAAACUGGUAGACUUGAAACAGGUACAGGAACUGAUCAUCAAUAAGGAUCCUUCUCUGCUUGACAACUUUCUUGAUGAAAUCAUAGCGUUUCAGACAGAUAAGUCUAUGGAAGUGCGGAAAUUCGUCAUUGGUUUCAUAGAGGAAGCAUGCAAAAGGGACAACGAACUCUUGUUGAAACUAAUUGCCAAUCUGAACAUGUUGCUGAAAGACGAAAGUGUGAAUGUGCAGAAGAAAGCCAUCCUCACCCUUACUCAGCUCUACAAAGUGGCCCUUCAGUGGCUGAUGCGGUCCAAGGUGGUGGCAGACAUGCAGGAGGCCUGCUGGGACAUGGUCACGCAGAUGAAGGAGGAGGUGCUGGCUAUGCUGGACUCGGACAACGACGGGAUUCGAACCCACGCCAUCAAGUUCACCGAGUCUGUCAUCAUCACCCUGACGCCGAGGACGCCCGACUCUGACGUCCCCAAGAAACAAGAGGGGGACAUCAGCCUGGACAAAAUUCCUCGAGAUCACGCUUACAUUCGAUAUGAUACUCUGUGUGAAGAAGGCAAGGAUGCACUGGACAAGCUGCUGAAGUUCAUGGUGCACCCUGCCAUCUCCAGCAUCAACCUGACCACCGCACUGGGCUCCCUGGCCACUCUGGCGCGCCAGCGGCCCAUGUGCAUGUCCAAGGUGGUGCAGGCCUAUGAGACCCUGCACGCCAACCUGCCCCCGACGCUGGCCAAGUCGCAGGUGAGUAGCGUGCGGAAGAACCUGAAGCUGCACCUGGUGGCGGUGCUGCGGCACCAGUCCAGCCUGGAGUUCCUGGGCCAGAUCAGCACCCUGCUGCUGGACCUGGGCAUGAACCAGAACGACAUCAACCGCAUCACGCCCGCACACCAGCCCCCGCGCAAGAGGUCGCACGGCGAGCACCACCUCCACGAGGGAAAGAAGAAGAGCAAGAUUGAGACCCCACUGAUGGUGGAGGAUGACGAGGAUAAGGAAGAGCCGGCCCCCGUGCCCCCAAAACCAGUGGCUGCCCCCUCCACCUCAGCCAUCGACGUCACUGCAGACUUCCUUCGUCCCCUGCUGAACCCAGAAAACGUGGCCAACCUGGUGCUGAUCAGCAUGGUGUACCUGCCCAACGUCAUGCCGGCCUCCUUCCAGGCCACCUACACGCCGGUGGAGUCGGCUGGCACUGAGGCCCAGAUCAAGCAUCUGGCCAGACUCAUGGCCACGCAGAUCACCGCUGCCAACCUUGGGCCAGGUGUGGAGCAGCAGAAGGCUCGCGAGGACGACCCCAAUAAGGAUGGCGGCGCGGGGGAGGGCACGUCGGACGAGGCGGGCGGCUCCAAGGACCCCCUGAUCAAGCGCAAGGUGUCGGCCGUGUCCCUGGGCCAGGCCAUCUCCGUGCUGGGGGGCUACUCCGGCAAGAGCGGCCUGCAGAUCGAAGACGCCCCCCAGGCCAAGAGGCUGCCCGAGCCCAUCGUGCCCUCCGCACAGACCAAGUCUGCCAGCUCCAGCGGGCGUAAGAAGGUGUUCCGCCUGGCGGACGUGGUGAAGCCGCUAAACGAGGCCCAGGUGGCCCAGCUCACCAGCUCCGCCAUCCAGCGCAUCCUGAAGUCGGAGAAGGCUAUCGCACGCAGCGGCAGUUCCCAGGUGCGUGUGAAGCUGCUGGCGCGGCUGGCCACCCAGUUUGAGGGCGCCAUGAAGCAGGACAUGCUGGAGUUCGUCCUGAGCGACAUGCGUAACCGUAGCGACCUGGCCUUCGCCCUGCUCUACCAGGAGUACAACAUCUACCUCAGCCAGCAGGCCGGCAGCUCCCUGGACGGAUACGAGUACUGCCUCUUCACCCUGCUGUCAGGGCUGCAGGAGAAACCAGAGCAGAGAGACGGGCUCUUCACCAAGCUGGUGUUGGAGGCUCCUCUCAUCACAGAGUCAGCUCUGGAAGUCAUCCGCCGCUACUGUGAAGACGAGACGCGGGUGUAUCUGGGCAUGACCACUCUGAAGGAGCUGAUCCUGAAACGUCCGUCCAGGCAGUUCCAGUAUCUCCACGUCCUGCUGGACCUCAGCUCCCACGAAAAGGAGACGGUGCGUAGCAGUGCCCUGGGCUUCAUCAAGCGUAUGUAUGAGAGGGAUCACUUGAGGGACUACGUCGAGAGGUUCGCCCUCAACUACAUGCAGUUGCUGGUCCACCCCAACCCACCCUCCAUGUUCUUUGGAGCAGACAAGGACAUAGAGGUGGCAUCCCCCUGGACGGAGGACACGGUGAUGCAGUGCCUGUACCUCUACCUCACGCUGCUGCCCCUCAACCACAAACUGGUGCACGAGCUGGCCGCCGUCUACACCGAGGCCAUCGCGGACAUCAAGAGGAGCGUCCUCAGGGUCAUCGAACAGCCCAUUCGAGGGAUGGGGAUGAACUCCCCUGAGCUGCUGCUACUGGUGGAGAACUGCCCCAAGGGGGCGGAGACACUAGUGACUCGCUGCCUUAACAUCCUCACAGAGAAAGUGGCGCCCUCUCCUGAACUGGUGGAGCGAGUGCGAGACCUCUACCACAAGCGAGUGGCAGACAUCCGUUUCCUCAUCCCUGUCAUCAACGGCCUGGAGAAGAACGAGGUCAUUCUGGCCCUGCCCAAGCUGAUCAAGCUCAACCCUACUGUAGUCAAGGAGGUCUUCAACCGGCUGCUCUGUGCACAGCAUGGUGAAGGUGGCUCCUCAGUUUCCCCCGUCACACCCAGCGAGCUCCUCAUCGCCUUACACAAUAUUGACUCCACUAAGUGUGACAUGAAGUCCAUCAUCAAAGCCACCAACCUGUGCUUUGCGGAGAAGAACGUGUACACGUCGGAGGUGCUGGCGGUGGUGAUGCAGCAGCUGAUGGAGCAGAACCCGCUGCCCAUGCUGCUGAUGCGCACCGUGCUGCAGUCCCUCACCAUGUACCCGCGCCUCGGGGGCUUCGUCAUGAACAUCCUCUCACGACUCAUCACCAAGAAGGUGUGGAAGUACCCGCGGGUGUGGGAGGGCUUCGUGCGGUGCUGCCAGCGCACCAAGCCUCAGUCCUACAGCGUGCUGCUGCAGCUGCCGGCGGCGCAGCUCAACAGCAUGUUCGAACGCUGCCCAGAGAUGAGGGAGCCCCUACUGCUACACGUGCACUCCCUCACGCCACACCAGCAAGCGCAUAUCCCAAACUCCCUCAUGGCAGUGCUGGAGGCCAACACCAAGCAGCCCGUGCCAGAAGAGCGCACGGAGGAACCAGAGGUCCACAUGCCUCAGAGGACCAUCUCACCCCAGCAGGUGGAGGAGCCCGUGGUGGUGAGGCGGAGUCCCGAACCGGUGCCUGUGGUGGUGCCGGUGGUAGUGCCAGUAGUGAUGCCAGUACCAGUGGCAGCGGUGCGGGAGCAGUAUGUGCCCAGCGGCGUAGAGGAGCCUGCGGAAAAGAUGCACAUAGCCACCCCAGGACCAGCCGCCCUGGAGGAGGACCAGCAGGCUGAAGAGCCUCAACCCCAGCAGGAAGAAGAAGCCAUGGAGCAGGAGCACCACACGUCCACCCCUGCGUCUCCUAAACAGGAAGUAGAACCCCCAACAGAGGAAGGAGCACUUCCAGACCAUUCCAAUGAGGAGCAGCAAGCCAACGAGGCAUCAGAGCAGAACGCCAUGGAAACAGACAACCAGACUGUAGAUGAAUGAUUUUUCUUUUUAUACAUCUUUAAAUUUUGAUGUUUAUUUUUCUUUUUGUGCACUGUAAUGUGUUAAAUAAAUACUGAAAAGUAAUGUACAAUCAUG